CUUCCAGGUAGCCGCAGGCCUGCAGCAGAGGAAAUCACCAUGGCCAAGAACGCUGGCGUUUCGAUACUUCAAGAGCAGACGAAGCUGAAGCUCUAUUCCUACUGGCGGAGCUCGUGCUCCUGGCGCGUGCGCAUCGCACUUAACUUAAAAGGGUUGAAGUACGAGUACAAGGCAGUGAACCUGUUGAAAGGAGAGCAAUUCAGUUCUGAUUAUUCGAAGUUAAAUCCUCUUAAUUAUGUGCCGGUGCUGGUGGAUGAGGACAUAGUACUUGCCGACUCUUUUGCCAUCUUAAUGUAUUUGGAUGAGAAAUACCAUCAGCAUCCACUGUUGCCUCAGGAUCUUCAGAAAAGAGCUAUCAAUUUCCAGGCUGCAAAUAUUGUUUCCUCGAGUAUACAGCCUCUUCAGAAUUUGGCUGUCCUUAAAUACAUUGAAGAAAAAGUUGGUCCGGACGAAAAAUUUGCUUGGACUCAGCAUCAUAUUGGAAAAGGUUUUGCAGCACUUGAACAAUUGUUAAAAGAAUUUGCGGGAAGAUAUGCCACAGGAGAUGAAGUCUUCCUGGCAGAUUUAUUUCUGGCACCCCAGAUUCACGGAGCUAUUACACGUUUUAAACUUGACAUGACUCAAUUCCCUCUUUUAUCCAGGCUCCACGAGGCAUAUGGUGAGCUACCGGCAUUCCAAGCUGCUAUGCCAGAAAAGCAGCCCGAUUCUGUGAAAACAUAGAAGAUGGGCAAAAACAAAAACAAAGGCAUCAAAUUGUCAAACGUGUCUAAGCAUAUGCCAUUACUAGCUAGUAGUCUCGUGCGUGCUAGGAAUAAGCAGUUGGAGAAUGUGACCAUCGUUUCUAAUUCCUUAUUAGUGUUGGAGGGAGUCUGGGACUCAUUCUGCUUUU